AUGGCCCUUCUUUAUUUGGGGAAGGCUGUAUAUUCACAGGAUAAAGGACGUCAACUCUUCUUCUUCUUCUUCAUUUUCUUCUUCUUCUUCUUCUUCUUUAUCCUUCCACCUCCUUCUCUUCUUCUUCUUCCUUAUCCUCCUCCACCUUCUUCUUCUUCUUCUUCCUCCUCCUUAUCCUUCUCCCCCCUGCUUAUUCUCCUCAUUCUUCUUCUUCUCUUCCCUCCCCUCUCCUCCUUCACUUUCGUCUCAUCCUGUUUAUUCUCCUCCUCCUAUUUCUUCUUCCUCCUCCUUCUUCUUCCUCCUCCUUAUCCUUCUCCUCCUCCUGCUUAUUCUCCUCAUUCUUCUUCUUCUCCUCCCUCCUUCCCCUCCUACACUUUCUUCUCAUCCUGUUUAUUCUCCUCCGGCUAUUUCUUAUUCCUCCUCCUCCUCCUCCUAUUUCUUCUUGUUCCUCCUCCUCCUCCUUAUUUUCUUCUUCUUCUUCUUCUUCUUCUUCUUCUUCUUCUUCUUCUUCUUCUUCUUCUCCUCCUCCUGCUUAUUCUCCUCAUUCUUCUUCUUCUCCUCCCUCCCUCUCCCUCCUUCCCUUUCGUCUCAUCCUGUUUAUUCUCCUCCUCCUAUUUCUUCUUCUUCCUCCUCCUCCUCCUUCUUCCUCUUAUUUAUCCUUCUCCUCCUCCUGUUUAUUCUCCUCCCUCUUCUUUUUCCUCUCCCUCCCCUCCUUCCCUUCUCAUCCUGUUUAUUCUCCUCCUCCUAUUUCUUCUUCCUCCUCCUCCUUCUUCUUCUUCCUUCUCCUCCUUCUCCUCCUACUUCUUCUUUAUCCUUCUCCUCCUCCUCUUUAUUCUCCUCCCUCUUCUUUUUCCACACCCUCCCCUCCUUCCCUUCUCAUCCUGUUUAUUCUCCUCCUCCUAUUUCUUCUUCUUCCUCCUCCUUCUUCUUCCUUAUCCUCCUCCUCCUUCUUCUUUAUCCUUCUCCUCCUCCUGUUUAUUAUCCUCCCUCUUCUUUUUCUACUACCUCCCCUCCUUCCCUUUCUUCUCAUCCUGCUUAUUCUCCUCCUCCUAUUUCUUCUUCCUCCUCCUCCUUCUUCCUUAUCCUCCUCCUCGUUCUUCUUCUUCCUUAUCCUCCUCCUUCUUCUUCCUUAUCCUCCUCCUCCUCCUUCUUCUUCUUUCUUUAUCCUUCUCCUCCUCCUGUUUAUUCUCCCCCUCUUUUUUCUACUCCCUCCCCCAUUCCCUUUCUUCUCCUCCUGUUUAUUCUCCUCCUCUUCCUUCUUCCUCCUCCUCCUUGUCCUACUCCUUCUUCUUUAUCCUUCUUCUUCUUCCCCAUCCUUCUCUUUCUCGUCCUCCUCUUUAUCCUCCUCCUUCUUCUUCUACUUCUACUUCUUCUUCUUCCCCAUAUUUCUCUUUUCUCCUCCUCCUACUUAUUCUCCUCACUCUUAUUCUUAUUCCUCUCCUCCCUCCCCCUCAUUUCAUUUCUCAUCCUGUUUAUUCUCCUCCUCCUUCAAUCUUUAACUCUUCUCAGUGCUGUAGGGUGGUACUCCCUGUGUAG